UAGUAUCACUUUUCUAUUAACAGGUGCCCGUGUCUCUGGCCAUGUCGAGUAUGAACAGCGGAGGAGGUCACCACCAAUUCCAGCAGCAGCAGCAGCAACAGCAUCAGCAGCACCAGCAGCACCAACCACAGCAGCAGCAGCAGCAACAGGCCGUCCAUAUCCAUACCCAUGCCCGUGGCCCAUCUUCCAUGAUGUGUGCUGCACCGACACAACCCCAUCACACGCACCAUCUCAGUGGUACCCAUGUGCAGUCCCCGCCUCACCAGAUGGGAGGAGCCAGCGGGGGUAGCUACAGCAACGUCCCACGCCUCCACCAUUGCAACGUUCACUCCUUCCUUUGUUCCAACCCGCCUCUCCAUCAUCAGUACCAGAUGAAUGGAGGAUGCCUUGGUCCCCAGCACCACUAUGCCCCCAUGGUGCCUCCUGGUCAUCAUGCAGCUGGCCCUCUUCUGACACCUGCAGGGCCACCCCAAUUAAUGGCUGCCACUCCCCAGCCCCCCCACACCCACACCUCUAUGUAUGGACAGGCACCCAUGGGAGUGGCUCCUCCUCAGGCCGUCCCCACCCACCUCACAGCUGUUCCCGGACAACUGUCUGCAGCGCCGCAGAGUCUGGGAGUCAGUGUAGCUCCUCAGCUUCCCCCUCAACACCACCAUCACACCCACCAGCAACCCACACCUCCUUUGGUAACGCCUUUCCCUGCCCACACUCACCUUCAUCAACUCCAUCAUUUGCAUGCAAGCAGCGGAAGUGGAGGUGGUGCACGAGGUGCUAGCGUUGACAUGCUUGGUCGGGGGCUAUAUCGUGGUCCAGGUCAAGGUCAUGUGCUAGGUCGUAUGAGAGGACCAAGAGGUAGCAGCGGAAGCAGUUUGGGAGGCACAAGACGUAGUAGUUCUAGCUGGCGAGGAAACACCAUGCCUCCAGCUGCCCCUCCACCCCCACCACCCCCACCCCUCCCUAGUGCUGCUGCAGCAGCAGCCACAUACCCUGGCAUUCUCUUACAUUUCUUGGCAAUGUUGUCACAUCCAUCGCUACACCAAUACAGCGUGGUAGACCCAGUGCCUGCGGAAGCUCCAGACACAGAGAACUAUGAGGCCCUACUACAUCUGGCAGAAAGACUAGGCGAGGCCAAACCUAGAGGCCUUAUGAAGACCGUGAUUGACCAGCUCCCGUCCUAUAGGUAUACUGGGGAGAAGUCCGACACAAAACAGACAACAUGUGUAAUAUGCAUGUGUGAUUUCGAACUCCGGCAGAUGUUACGUGUAUUACCAUGCCUGCAUGAGUUUCAUACCAAGUGUGUUGAUAAGUGGCUCAAGGAGGGUGGCGUGCCUUGUGCCGUAUACCACUGCUGGCUGCUUGCAUGCUUGCAGUAUCAUGAUGAUGGCCUUUUUGGUGCCUGCAGGUAUGUCCCUCUUGGUCACACUGCACACUGGUUCGGUCGUCAGGUGUUUCCAGGCUUUGCGUUAUGGGUCAUUUCAAUGUUGAUCACCGUGUGGGUCACUUUGCAGCCUUUAGUUAGCUGAUUAUCACUUCUGCUGUGCAAUUCAGUCUUUAGCAGCAAGUUUAUAUAUUUUACCAAAUAUGAUUGCACUAUCUUCAGUUUCUUGCUUCCACUGUGUUGUGCAAUGUAAAGUUUUUAAUUUUAUUAUGGGGAUUAUUUACUAUUGUUGUAUAUAUUGUUGCAAAUUUGUCUGCAAAGCUCUGGAAAUAUGUGACAACCGGCCAACAUCAGGCAAGACUGUCACCAACUGGCUGUAAAAUACUCCUCAAGCAUAAAACAUAGGCCUAACCACCACAGCAGCACGCAGGGUUCCCACGAGGAGCAUUUUCUCCUUGUUUUUUCUUUGCUAUUUGUCUAGGAACUUUCUUUAGAAAUUUGUGUUCAAAAUUUAUUAGAAUUCAUAUGAAGUAAAUUAAUCAUUUCCUAAAAAACACAAUAUAUAACAUUAAUAUGAAUUAGUCUUAUUAGAGUUUACAUUACAACAAAGCUAAUGUUUGAUAAAUGCUGUACAGUCUUUACACUGGGGAUUGUAGAGGAAUGCUCAAUUUAGUUUCAAAAGUCUGCCCUAACAUAGUGGUGCAAAUAAUGUGUUUCCACUAAUCCUGAUGGGUACUGCUUUUGGUUAAAGUAUGUUUGAUAUUUGCCCCUUUUUUUAGGAUCCGGAAAUCAGUGUGAUCCAGUUAAGUGUGCUAAUUUUAAAUAAUAAUUAAUCAAAAGCAGUAACCGUGGAUGAGUGUAAGAAGCUUGCCGUGCCAGAACACCCUUAGAAGGACUUAACCAUAAACCUUGUGCUUGUGACCUCUCCUUUCUGUAAUUCAAGUUUGUGGCAGCCUGGUCAGCUUGCAAUGAUUUGUUCUACUAAUUUUAUUAAUCUGUUGCAUGUAAUGUAAUUAAGAAUGAGGAGAAAGUGCUGUUCUUGCUGUGCUGGCGGCAUUUUACCGCAGCAUCCCAGUUGUCUCAGCCCAAACUGCUUGCGAUGCUCAGAGAUGAUUGACAUUUACCUGGAACUGUAGAUUUUUUCUUCACGUCCAUAACAGUUUUUAAUGUAUACAGUCAUUCACAGACGCCAGCAUUCAGCCAUCCAUUUUAAGUCUUGAAAAGUAUGUUUUCAGUUGUUGGUUGAUAGUUUUGUGGUGGGAGUGUGAAGUGCUUCCUCACCCUAACCAUAACACAACCACCAGGUUACCAUAUAACUGAAACUAAAUUCAUGACAUAAAAUCUGGAGCUUAACUUCUGACAACAGUGAUUGCCUGUAAAACAUAGUACAGUAGUCAGUGAAGGAAUUGUUACCUAGCUACCUGUACUUGUGUUUUCCUUUCUGAACACUUAAAAGCACAAAUCACGAGAAACUUCUUUUUUUUUUACUAAAUUGGGUAGUUUAAUGUAAAUGUUUAAUUUAUGUUAACAUCAAUAUUUUGAACUCAAAUUACAGCCAGUUUUUGACAGUAAUUUAAAAUGUCUGCUCCUUGAGGCCUUUUAAAGUUUCAAUUUAGAGGAAGUUUAAUUGUAGGUCUUGUUUGUGUUUGACAGAUACUGUUUUGCAUUAGAAACUUCUAAUUGAGAAUUUUAAUUUUAUUGUCUAGUUAAUUUAUCUGUCAAUAGUUCCAGGCAAUGAAUGAGGAUAGAGGUUCAUGUACAUUUCAUAUUGAUUAAAAUCAUUAUAGUUAUCACCACUUUACUGUGUAGUUCUAGAAGAAUGACUUGGUAUAUGUUAUUUUUUGAUUCGGAACUAAAUUACAUGAAGUAAAAUCCUUUAUAUGAAGUAUUUGAAUUGAGAUAUUUAGUUUUCUUGACCUUAAAUUUCAGUUAUAAAUUGCCUAAUCUUUACUUGCUUAAUAAUUUUCACUGUCGGGCUUUAAUCCUGCCAACUUUAAACUUUGCUUGUGUCUUUCAGUCAAACCGUACUUGCCCGAUCUGCCGUGGAGAUGCCAGCGAGUUUCUUAAAGAGACCACCAGUUCUGAGUGAAGCAGGUUGAAAUAUACAUGGAAGAGGAGAGCUGGACAAACUGGGAAGAUGAUGAAGAGCUGGUGAAUCUCAGGUCAAUGGUAUCACUAUUAUAAGGAGAGUCUCAAGGAUUGCUUCAGCUUCACACAGUAAUCCUUAUCUCCCAAAUACCAAGGAAGGUGGGCUUUCUGUCUCGGAAUAAAAGAUGGUGGACCUGAUGACAGGAAUUUCGAUCAAAAAACAAAAUUAUGCUCAUCUUUUGGAGGUGUGAAUAGAAAAUGGGAUGUACCCACCAGCAGUAAAAGAGGUGUUGGAGAGUUUGUUGUUCGCAUAUGGGCAACAAAGAUUUUUUUUUCUAUGUAUGGUCUUUUAUGUGUUGCACUUGGAGCUUGAGGUGGAGGAUUUGAGCUAACUGCAAGUGUGUGAGGAAGCUAAAUAUUGCUUUCAGUAACAAGAAUAGGCUCCCAACAUUCACUUUUAUACCAGUCUUACUGAGUUAACUUCCCAAAGCUAACUGUGCAUAUGUGCAGUGUGCAUAUCUGAUUGUUCACAGGACAGUGGUUAACCUUCCCUUGUUGUUCUGUCCAAGGCUUUGUUUGUCUAGGGCUCCACAGGAGUUUAUGUUGUUAGCUGUCCAUUUUCUGUGUUUGCCUUCAUGUGAUGAGGCUGUGUCUGCAACAUUAGUCCUUUGACCCAUGGUGUCUUAGAAUUUGCCAGGGAGUUUUUCUCAUUUGUGUUGUGCAUGAGGACAUAAUGGAUAAUGUUUACUUAAAAAGACCCAUAUUGUUGUGCUAUGCAGUAUAUAAUAAUUCCUCACUGUGAGGCUUAUUUCUUACUGGCAGAGAAAGUAGGAUCAUGUGUGAUAUUGUGGUCAAAAGCUUAACCAAUUCCAAGAAAAACAAGAAAAAAAAGAUGCAAGCAAUUCCAGUGUCGUUAUCCAGUUUGGCAAAUGUGGAACACCACCGUAACUCAGCUGCAUGUUUAUUCAGCGUUAGAUCUUCAGUAUUGAUGUUUAUUGCUUGAAAUUCAAAAUUUAUGCUCAGAAAUUGUUAUUGAUCUGUGUUGUCAAAUCUAAAUGGUUUCUUGGAUAAUCUUAAUACUGUAGUACUUUGCUGAAUAUUUUAGUGAUGGUUCAUUGAUUAUAUAAUGUUAUCACCAGUACGUCCAGUAGCAUAGUAAGCAUAGUAACAAUCUCUAGGAAUUUCAUUCAUACUCAAGAGGUACUCGCAUUCCAAGUAUUUACUUUUUGAAAUUCUCUGUCAAGGUACCCACAUCAUUGCAGUCAUACUCCAAUGCUGUGUUUUUGCAAUGAUAUGUGGAGUUUGUGUGGACCAACUCUUUGUGCAUUCUUUCAUCUGACAAACAUGGACUUGUGCCUCACCACAAUAUACACCACAAAGCUGCUUCAUAUAUGUUCAUGUCUAUAAAAGAAAGCAAGAUAUUGAAGUAAUUUCAUAAUAUGCUUAUGAGUGCAGUGGUUGAUAGCAUUGCAUGAGAGUAUGUCACUUGGCCUGUACAUAGUUCUUGAGUAUUGCUGGAAUUACCCAGAAUGUGUCCAGAGCUAUUUAGUACCUCCCUAAGCAUGCUGUAUUUGUUUUAAAGGAAAAAAAAAUACAAAUGAGAGGAAUGCUCAGAUUGUGCUUGUAGUCUAAGAAGAAUAUCCUUGAAACACAAAAAUUGUUUGCUGUAGUUCUUCAUGUGGUGGGCCAUUACCAAUCAGAUCACAAGAAAGAAUAGGCUUCAGGUUGCUUGAGAGGUUGUUUUUCACAACUAACAACAGACACUGUAGCCCUAAUUCCCAUAGAACUCUCAAAUAAAGUAUAACAGCAGAGAAUAGAAAGAAUUUUACUAACAUUACUGCAGUUAUAAAAUUUUGUAAUUGUUGUCCGUUAGAGCUUAGGACUUUGGGCUUGUAUUUUCAAGGAUUAUACAACAAAGGGUGAAUAUUUUUUAUGCUAAUGGGGGCUUUGCUUAAAAAAGAAGUUAUCUUUAAAAUGUUACUUUGUUUGAACACUUAGUAUUUUCCAGUUGCUUCUUAGACAAUUAGAAAAGGUGUACCAUAAUUCUUCAUAACUUUAUGAUAUUCUAAUUAACCUCUAUAUUAUAAAACUUUUUUGUGUAUAAUUAGUGUGAACUUUCAACACUUACAUGCAAUAUUCUCUCAUCCUCUUUGGUGUUUAUCCCUGACAUUAGCAGAACAAAGCAAAAAAACAACAAAAAAAUAAGCCCAUCUCACAGCCUCAAUACUUGAAAUACAGACCUUCCAUUGCUUAACCUUUGUUGACAUACUCUAGUUUGGGGAGGUUAUGUAGUUACAUAUCCAAGGUGUUUCACAUCUGAAAAAAAAUCCAUGUUUUGUAUAAGAAGAGAUGAGAUACUGUAUUAAGGCAGUUGUCAUAUUUGUGAUAAUCCAUGUUUAAGCAUCCAUUUUCUAUCACGAUUCCACACUCCGUUUCCACGUUCCACUGCCUUCCUCGUAUUCACCACAAAUGCUUCCACCUCACACAGUGAACUAUGCUGGCCAGACGGCUCUCAGGCAUAGUGCAUGGAGGGCUACUUGUGUCUCACUAUUUUUGGGGCAAUUUAUGCUAUUCAGCAGAUGAUUGUAUAGCUCUGGUAUUGUUGUUUCACAAUGUUUGAAGAGACACAAGUACAAGAGCUCUCUUGCACAGAUGCCACCUAAGUUGGUGAUUCUUAUCUUUUCUAGGCUGCUCUGUUUAUUAAUAUGUGAUGCGCUGCUUGUAAUGGUAGCUUGAUUAUUUUUCCCAGGGCGAGGAAUAAGUGUGGCAUGUUGGGAAAGCCGUCUCCAGCAUAUAUGUAGGUUCACUCAGUGUGUUUUGUACAACCAUGUGCCUCAUUAUUUAGUGUAACUAGCAGCAUCUCUCACAUGUUCGAAUUUGAAUGGUGCUUGUGCCAUCACAAACUAUUAUCAGGAAAGAAUGGAUGGGCAUGUUUUGGCAAGUUUCGAGGAUGGAAAUCUGUUAAUUUUGAAGCAUCGAAUAGUGUGAUAUAACUGCAGGUCAGUGGGAGAUAUUUGCCAACCAUGAAUUUAUUUAGUACUGUAUACUUAUUUAAUUUUAACACAAACAUAACAUGCCUUUCAUUUUAAGGGACAGAAGCAAUUCAGUAUACUUGAAUAAGUUUCUUUCAUGUGAGAGGAUGCUGCAACUCUCAAUGUUGGUGCCCCUCCUUGCUGUGUUUAGAGUCAGUCAUUUUUGGGCCAGGUGUAGAGCUUGCUUCCUAUUGCAUGAUAUUCCCUCAAUUCAUGAAAGUGUUAGGGCUCAGGUUAAUAUUGAAUCCAAUGCAGGUUUUGCAUUUGUGGUUUACCCUUGAAGUGUUGCUCUGAUACAGCCUGCAUUACUUUACACCAUAGGAAAUGUAAGGGAAUUGUCAAGAGCCAUGUCUGUGGUACAUAAUCACGUCUUUAUUUUGUUUAUUUACUUAUUUUAUUUUAUUUAUGUUUUUAUUUUUUUUAUUUUUUUUAAGAUUCUUGCAUAGGAUUCUUUUAUCAUCUGAAGGACUGUUUAGGAAUGGAUAUGUAUUUGUUGUUGGUGUCUAAUUGUGGAGGUUUGCUAAUCUGCAGUAGAGAUGUGACCCUGAUAUAUUGAUAGGGAGAGAUUUUGCACCUUGUUGGAAGGGCUCCAUGUUUGGGAGAUUCAGCUUCAGCCCAAAUCUGAAGAAGAUAACUUAACAUGUCCUUCAUAUUGUAUGUGUAUUGGCUUGAACUGUAGAUGCCUUGAGCUGCUCAUGUGUAGUUCUCCCCUUUUACUGUCAAGCUGGCCUUUUAUACAUGUAUUCCUUAGGCACUACUAAAUGGCUCAUUUAUCCUGUUGUGGCCCUCUGUAGUUAGGUAGUGUUUUCCUUUUUCUGUAUGGUAAACCUGACUUUGCCAAAUACUUCCACAUUUCCCUCUCCAUCUUUUAAGUGAUAGAAAGCAAUACAUCUCUAGUUUUUAGCCUGAUGAGAAUAAUAUCUUAUUGUAGUUUUUUAUCACCACUGGAGGGUUUCUAGAUUUUUACUUUUAAUUCUAUAAUGUGUGGUGCUCCCUACCUUGCCUAAUAGGUGAAAUUCUUAUCCAUCUCUUGGUGUAAAACUUUUAUUCUAGAAGAUGUUUUACAGGUUAUAAAUUUCAGUUUAUAUAAGCAAGUAGCCACAUCAGACUCUUAUUUCACCAUUCCACAGCAUCCUGGGUUCACUUUUUGCAUUAAGUCAUCUUUACUCAAAUGAAGCACAAGAACAGUGUCGAGUUCCCCUAUUAGGCAUAUCUGGGGAUGCCAAUGUGUGUAUAAAGUAUUAUGGCUUGAUGUUCAAAGCUCACGGUAUUCUACUAUAUAUACUACCUCAGCCUUAAACAUGCUAAGCACAAUAUUCAUAAGUUGGACAUAGUUCUUGAUAGUGUCAGAACUAACGACCAGGUUAAAAGUUUUACAACAAGUUUAGUAAAUCCCAUGCAAACCGUGGUCAUGUUUUCCUCAACGGUGUGUGGUAUUAUGGUGAAGCUUGGUGAUCCCUGAGACUGUGCGUGUAACCAAGGACAGCAGAAAUAUUAAGCAGGUGAUGUCAACAUACCACCACAUUCUGUUGUGGACAAUGAACCUUGUGUGAUUGAACACCUUAUAUUCUGUCAGCAGCAGUUCUGCAAUUGGCAGUUGAUGUGCUACAACUGACAAUGCCUUUUAUCAAAAUUUUUUGAUAUAUUAAAAUAUUUUUUUUGAACUUAUAAUUGAAGAUAUUGCUGCUAACAGAGGUGUGGAAGCUGGGGCCAUGAAUGAUAUUACAGGCAGGUAGCUGUGACAUGUGUUGUGAAACAAAACCAUUUUUAUGCAAAUCUAUAUUUUGAUCUGUGAAGGGCAUAGCAUCAAGAUGUAGUUAUGCAUAAAUUUUUGAGUUGUGGAGAACAAACAUGGCUUGUCCUGUGGCUUACCUGUAGUGGUUCCUUCGUGACCCUUGCUCUGCUUGUGUGCUAUCUUUGGGUCAAUUCCUAAAAGUUGUGGUGUGGUCAGUGUGAUGUGGCGGCCAGCUGCUGUCUACCUAGCUCAUGUUUAAUAUUAUGUCCAUGUGGUUGGAAAGUUUUAUACUGAACUUGUUUAAAUCUGUUUGUUGCAUUGGCUUUUUCUGUGUAGAUGCAAAACUCACUUUCUGCAUUUGACUAUUGACCCCAAAUUAACAUUUUAUUGAAUUUAUUAUUGUUUGAACAAGCCCAUUAAUAGCACAUUACGAAGAUUAUCUCAUUAUUUUAGUAAUCACUUAUUUUAUCUUAAAGAUCAUCACUUUAUUGUAUACACAUAUUGUGGUGCAAUUUUGGACAGUGGGUUUUCCUCCAUAAUUAGGAUUCAAUGGCACAAAUGCCGCCACGCACACAAGACCGUGGGCCCUAUGUUACCUGCCUUCAUAUGGCUCCUCCAAGUAACAGGGGCAGAAUUCUUUAUAAGCACCAGUUCUUGUAGCAGCAAAUAAAAAAAACUUUGAGGAUUACUGUAUUUUGACAAGUAAUUUACUGAAUGUCAAUGACUUUUGGAAUGUAAAGCCUUGUAUGUGGUGACAAAGAAUUCUGGUUAGCAUUAAUGGUAUUAACCCUGUGUAUGGAGAUUGUUUUCAGUAUACAAUAAUUACCAUGUUCAUAUAUAUUUUUUUAAAGAUGAGCCUUUGGUUUUAGUGGUUCUUCUCAGGAAACAUUUAUUAAGAAUUUCCCAUAGACUUUUUCAGCAAAUGGGUUAUCAUUUACAGAGGCAGUGUUUCAAAUUGUAUAUUGGGUAUGGUGACAUACGGGCCCCGUCCGCACUAACCUGCCUUGUAGUACAAAUGUGCAUUUUGUAUUUCACCUAAAUUCACUUAAUUUUCAUGAAUAUGCAUAUUAUAUAAAUGAUUAUAUAUAUAUAUGAACACACACAUAUGUGUGUGAGCAAAUAACUGAAUGGGGGUAUUGUAGAUUUCUCCAUUGCUUCACUCUAAUGAUAAUGUUCUCAAUACCCAAGGGCCUUGGUCACUUUCUGUCAUAUAGGAGCAUGCAGGGAAAAGUGUUGCAAGUCUAAAUUACUGAUUUCAUCUGAUCAGGAAAAGAAACCAUGCUUCUUGUUCACCUUUCAGUAUGAGCUACCAACUUGAAGCAUUUGUUAUAUCGAUGUAAUUACCAUUGUAUGAUGUGUACCUUCUCUUGAAAUAUGUAAUAAUGCGCAAUAGAGUUGUAGCCUAUAAUUGAAGCGUAACCUCUUCAGCUGUAGUCUGAUGUAUCCUUUAUUUAAUCACAAGUUCCUCAGACUUUAUCCCUGUUAGAGGAAUGCAAUUAUUUUAGAACUAUCACGACCCUGUGUGCUCCCCUUUUUUCUAUGCUUGUGAUUUGUUUACACUACAGACAUCUUGAGACGUAAUCAGCAAACAUGAGUCUUCAUUAGUAUAUACGAAAGGAGUACUUUCCUUGUUACAAAAUCCUGAAAUGAUCCUGAAUGUUGUACUGUGGACAUAUUGUUACUGAAGUGAUCAUAGUCUCAGAAUCUUUGCGUAGUGUCAUGCAGCAUUUACGCUUAAAUCGGUUGUAGUAAUCAGAGAGUCAGCCAGGUAAACAAAAUCCUCUUGGUUAGACUUGAAGCAUUGCGCUUGCAUUUUUUUUUUACCUGUUGGUUUGUGAUAUUUUCCAGCGAUUUUUACUGUGAUGUGACGAGUGACUUUGCAAUUUAUAUUUGUAAAUGUGGGCGAACUUGGCCAUUUUCAUCUAUUGAUGCUUUUGCUUCAAGCCAAAUGAUAAAGGCUUCCAGGAUAAUCAAUGUCCUCUUUACUGAUGCAACACUUGUAAAUGGUGACAAAAAUUUUAGUCCAGGUACCUCUUUCUUCCCAUCCUCCCUGCUUCUUACUGCAGUCAACCUGCAAUUUGUAUGCAUGUUUGUUGCAAGUUUACUAAUGAUCUCGUAGGCUCCCAUUCCCUUGUAGGCAGUAGACAUUCCAAGGCAUUCCAUGCUUAACUCACAUUGCAUUCCAAGCUUACAACUUUACCCUCUUGGCCCAGAUAGUGUUGAAGUGCAAACCUGGUAGGAUCAUUAUUGAAAGGUUAGAUUCCAUUUGUUAAAUAAUAAUUUUAUUUAGACUUAUGCUUUCUUCACAACUGUGUGAAAAUCUAAUGUCUGCCAAAUAUAAAACUGAUUAUUCCUAAAAUGUAAUGCGAAACCCAAUUUUAUUGUCUUAAACAAUUCUGCUCCUACUGCAUAUGGCCAUUUUUGCUCACACAUAAUUUUUAUGCUUCUGGUAUGUAGAAUUCAGUAUUUUCAAGCUUGUAAGUGUAAUUGCUUUAUUAAUCACACUUCAGGUGUCCCUGAUUAUAUUUCCUCACUAUGAGAUUUUUGAAGGUUUGUUAUAUGUACGUUCCUAUAGCAUUACUGUUAUAAUUUUUCUCUUACCCCUUAGAGACCAAAGACAUGAAUAGUUAAUGGAUAUUUCCAUGUCAUGUAAUUUGUCAACUGACAAACUUUACCUGCUGCUGUUUCCUGCUAAUAGGUAUUCCCUUUCCAUUUUAUCAUCGUGAUCAGGUAUCAAAUGUAUCAGUACAGUGUAGGCAAGAUGAUAGUUUGAUGCUAGUACCAAUAAAAUAAACACUAACGCCUCAUGUCUGUGAACAAGUUGUGCAGUUGUGAAUGUCUACCAAUGUGGUUUUUAUCUUAUGGCUAAUAAAGGCAAAAAAACAAAAAACAAA